AAACUGAUUUUAUUCGCCUAUGAUUAUGAAGACAUGGAUGCAAUGAAGGUAAACGUGAGAAUCGUUCGAAUGACUAACAUACCGGUCACGUUUUGAUGCCAGUGUCUUUAGUGGAAAUAGUUGAUGUCGGAACACCCCAAGGAAGCUUAAAGAGAGUGGACAGUAUAAAUAGGAAUCCUAAAAUAUACAAAGAACAUUUUUGGAUUUGAAUGUCAAAUGACUCUGAUACGAGACAUAUGGUAACAUUAACUAUUCCAGAGGCUGUUCAGGACUGAAUGUCCAGUGUUGUAGACAGAGUUUAAAAGUAGACUGAUUAUACAAAAUAGACUUCCUUUCCCAUUCCAAAGAAAGAUAAUUUCAAUAUCUCAACAGCUAGAUUCCUCUAUUUAGUACUGAAUAACAAACGCCGCAUUCAAAAUGUGGAGUCAAAUUGGGUUUGUGAGCCGAAACCUACAAACUUUUAGAUCUGCCAGCAGGAAAUCCAAACUUUAUAACUUGAGAAUAUUUCCCUCUUAUGAGGGCUCUAGUCCAACCUCCAUCCUCUGUCGAGAUGAAGUUAGGACUCCCAUGUUGCCUACCGUCCCCCAAAGGAGUUCAAUGGCUACUUGUACAUCGCCUUUAAUCUUCGCCAAGCAUUAUCCAUCUCCAUGUAUAUCCAGAACAGUAAUUGGAAAGCCAUUAUGGAAGAACAUAGUAGAUACAGCAAAUGUGAUCCCAUUGCCAUGGCAACUGUCAUCCCGUUCGGCAGUCUCCAUGACCGGGUUCAACGAUUAUGAGUUGGGCCGCAGAGAGUUCAAAAUUGAUGUUCCAGAGUAUUUCAACUUUGCAAGUGAUGUAAUGGAUGAAUGGGCCAGGAAGGAAGAGACAGGAGAGAGAUCUUCCAAUAUCCCAGCUUUCUGGUGGAUUGAUACCGAAGGAAAUGAAAUCAAGUGGUCAUUCAGGGACCUAUCAACAAAGUCAAAGAAGGUUGCCAAUUUGCUUGAGAAAAACUGUAACAUCAAGCAACAUGACAGAGUAAUGGUCAUCCUACCACGCCUUCCAGAAUGGUGGCUCCUCAAUUUGGCUUGUCUGAGAAUAGGGGCUGUCCUUGUACCGGGAUCCACCCAGCUCAGAGAGAUGGAUAUCAGAGAUAGACUUGAAAGCUCUAAAGCUGUCUGCAUCAUUACUGAUGAAGAAAUAUCACGUCUAGUUGAUAAUGUUGAAAAGGAUACAGAUGGUUUUCAACACAAAAUUCUUAUUGGAGAUGAGGAUAAUAUGAACAAGAAGGAUAGAGCUGGUUGGUUACAUUUUCAAGAGCUCUUUGAUGCAGCUUCGGACCAUCAUGAGUGUGUCAAGAGCCGCAGCAGUGACCCCAUGACAGUUUUCUUUACAAGUGGGACUACAGCCAAGCCGAAGAUGGCAGAACACACACAUGCAAGCUAUGGUCUUGGUCAUAUAAUUACAGCAAAGUAUUGGUUGGAUCUAACGCAGCAUGAUAUUUUCUGGAACAUGUCAGAUACCGGUUGGGCCAAGUCUGCUUACAGCAACAUCUUUGCUCCGUGGACCCAGGGAUCGUGUGUAUUCAUUCAUCAUUCACCUCGAUUUGACCCACUUCAAACCCUGCAGGUGUUCAAUGACUAUCCAAUCUCAAUAUUCUGUGGUCCUCCAUUAGCCUACAAUAUGAUGGUCCAGCAAGAUACAACAAAGUAUAAUCUAAGAUCUCUGAGGGACUGCGUCAGUGCUGGAGAGUUUUUGAGUCCUGAGGUGAACGAGGCAUGGAGACAAGUUAGUGGGAAAUUUAUCAGAGAAGGAUAUGGACAAACGGAAACUGUAGCAAUGAUAGCAUCAUAUCGCUGUAUUCAGACCAAGCCAGGAUCCUGUGGUAAGGCCUGUCCUGGUUAUGAUAUAGCCAUCGUUGAUGAGGACGGUAAUGAACUCCCAAGAGGGGAGGUUGGUAUCGUUGGCAUGAAGGUGAAACCUGUUAGACCGUUAGGUCUCUUCUCUCAGUAUGUGGAUGAUCCUGAAAGGACAAAGUCUGUGUUCCGAGGAGAUUAUUACGUGACUGGAGAUAAGGCCAUUCAAGACGAAGAUGGUUACUUCUGGUUAAUGGGUCGUAAUGAUGAUGUCAUAACAUCUGCAGGAUAUCGGAUUGGACCAUUUGAAGUAGAGAGUGCUCUGAUCAAGCAUCCGGCUGUUGCUGAGGUAGCUGCAGUUAGUUCACCAGACCCUACAAGGGGAGAGGUCGUGAAAACAUUUGUGGUAUUAGCAGAGGACUACAAGAGUAGAGAUCAAGCUGAACUUAUUACAGAGCUCCAAGAACACUCCAAGCAACUCACCGCACCAUACAAGUACCCUAGAAAGAUUGAGUUUGUGGAUUUGCUUCCUAAGACGACCAGCGGGAAGAUCAGAAGGGUGGAACUGAGACAGAGAGAAUGGGGUCAACGACCCGAGAAAUGAAGCAGUGAUAAAUGGUGGGUGAAAUCAUUUACUGACAAAGCCUCAAAUAGUAUCUGCCAUUUUGAAUAUAAAUAGAGAAUCAAAAUGCUUUUGUGUCAUUUUGUCAGAAAAAAAGUGGAUGAUGUUAAAAAUGUUUUUCAAGCAGAAUUUUUUCUGAAUACAUAUUGUAGUUAGAAGUAGAAAAGAAAGGAAAGGAAAAAGAAAGACAGUAUUACCGAUGAUGGCUUUGUGACUUGAGUGUUUUAUGUGAUGCAAGUGCCAUCAAAGUCAUUCUGUGAAUAUCAGUAUAUUAGUCUAUAAAAUCAUAAUGUGUAUAGAUUAUUCUGCAACGUUUGAAUAACAAAUUGCCAUUUCUUUAUCCGAUAUUGCACGGCGAUUUGUUUGAAUUUGACUAUAUAUGUCUUCAUAUAUGUAUGAGAUUGCCAGACUUAUUUUUAUUUCAAGACUAUAAAGUGCCUGUAAUUAAGAUACAUGACAGUGAUGAAAUUUAUAAACAAAACUGUACAUGUGUAAAUGCCUUCUUAAUUACAAAUUUUUGUGAUGUGUUAUAUUGGAAUUAUCAGAAAUUUGUGUGCUUCCUUCCCAAUGGACAAUGUAGAUUUUUUUGCCGAAAUUGACUUACAUUGGUCAUUAUCAAUUAUGAUAGUACUAUUAUAUAUUUUUCUAUCAAUAUAUUCAUAAUUUUAAUAAUUCUAUGUAAUUAUGUACGGUUAUAAAGAGUUAAUAUCCUGUAAUAUUAUUAUCACUACUUUCUUUGAAUUAGUGUCAUGCCUCUGGUACUAUUUUUUUUAAAAGUGAUUUGGUGGUGAUUUUUUAUGUGAUUGCUAAGAAAAGCAUGAUUGCUUAUAAGCAGGAUAAUGCCUUACCCAAGGGCUCUAGCACACCUAAUGGGAAUCGAACCCGGGUCACUGAAAUCUGAAACCUCCGCUCUACCGACCAAGCUAGUGGAAUGUUAAAAGAUCUCCAACUCGAUACACUGGAAAGUAGAAGGUAAAAGAGCAGACUGACAAUGAUGGACAAAACCCAGAAUAAUAAUUUUAAUAUAAACAAAGAGGAAUACAUUAACUUGAUUUUGACAAGGGAGACGAGGAAGAAUAGUGGUACUCGCAUAGAAGUGCCAUUUGCCCGGACAGAAACUUACAAAAACUCAUUCUUUCCUAGAACAAUCAGAGCUUGACUUAAAUCCUCAUAUAAAAAAUAAAACAUCAGUAGAAAGUUUUAGAGCAACACUCUAACCCACACGUGAGCAGCACGCUGGUGAUUUGCAGUCUACUGCCCUGGCGGUGCAAACUUCAAAAAAAAGGUUCAGAAAGUAUUGUGCCUCCAUCCAUCUGUCCUCUUUUUCUUCUCAUCAUUUCAAACCUCACUCAUCUGUGCAUAUGUGGGUGAGGUUGAUCUGAAAAACGAAUCACAUCGGUAAAUCUAGAUCCUAAGGUGGCUGUUAGAGUCAUGUUGCACCUUUCUAGCUAAAAGACGCAUCACAAGUGUGGUUAGGGUUCCUCAGUCUGCAAAUUCCUUAUAUUAUCAAUAUAUGUGAUAUUCAUUUUUUUUGUGUGUGUUGUCACCCACGUCCGCAUAUGUGGAUGUCAUGUGACUUAUCUAGCCAAUCAGAGAUGUGUACCCUGGAAGGUUCCGUGCAUACGGCACUUUGGCAGAGUAUAUAAGGCCUGCUUUUACAAACUUUGCUCAUUCUCCUGAGGACGACAAGAACACACUUGUCAAAACGUCAAGAUUGGAUGGUCCUUUUCAGGACCAACACUUGCCCAAGAAAGAUACAUGGUGUACCGUGAAACCUACUACAGUAAUAUAUGUGAUAGUUGUGAUACUAAUGCUCUCUACCCGGUUGUGAACUCUGGUUUUUUAUUCACAUUAUCAUAUAAUACAAACUCAAACACAUUAUCAAUGUUGUUUUUUUUAGAUUGGACAUUCUAUUACUACAAAUUUUAGUCUAUAUUAUCUACUUCAAAAAUAAAUACUUUUGUGCAUGAUUUGUAUUUUUAUGUAUGUGUCCUUCCUUCAUCCACUCUAUGCAUUCCACUAAUUGUUCAAUUAAAAAAAUGUUAUUUUAUUAAUUACUUAUUAUAAGACCAUUAUAUUUAAUGAAAUCAUGAAUUGUGAGAUUAAUUACCUACCUCAAUUGGUCCAAAAAGUACAAUCUUUUCACCUUCCCAUUGGCCCUACUUAUUGUGUCUUAUGUUGAUAACUAUCAUAUUGACAUAUAAACUAACAUGGACAUCAUCUAUCAUAUUGACCCAUAUGUUUCUACUAAUUAUCUAUACUGAGUACUAAGUGGUUGUGGUGCUUUAUAUUGUUAUGUCACAAGAUUCUAUUUUGAGCUAUUAAAUUGUGUAAUAAA